UUAAAGAGGAAACUUACAUCUUCCAGCCUGCACCCGAGGGACCCCACCCUGAGGAUUGUCGCCCAAACACAGACCAUCAUGAAGAUGCUGGUGGUGCUCCUGAUGCUGCUGCUUUGUGUUGAUGGCGCACAUGCGGACUGUCAGGAUGACUGCCUGUCCUGCAGCCUCAUCCUGCCCAAAGAGCUCACCUUCAACACCAUGGAAUGUCUCUUUGAAUGUGCAGCCUCUGCCUCCCCAGCAUCCUCCUGGGAUGCCUGUCGUGGGUCCUUGUUGCUGUCCUCCCUGCCCAAACGAUCUCAGGAGGAAGUGGAGGUCUUGUUUCCUGCCGAGGGGGAGGAAGACGGGGAGGAGCUGCCAUUGGGUUUGCAGAGGUUUGAUCACAUGACCCGAGCACUGGGACUGAAAGAAAGGGACACGGGUAACCAUGAUGCCCUGUCUUUUGAUGAUGUGUAUGAGGACUCUGAUGAUGGUGACAUGGCUCUGAGAGUCUCCAAGAGGUUUGGCGGCUUUGUGAAGGGCCGACAUGGCUACAGAAAGCUGAUGGCGCCAGCCAGGUCCUACCAGAAGCGUUAUGGCGGCUUCAUCGGCAUCCGCAAGUCGGCGCGCAAGUGGAACAACCAGAAACGCUUCAGCGAGUUCCUGAAACAAUACCUGGGCAUGAGUGCCCGGGCUACGGAGUAUAACAGCGUCUCAGAGGAGCUCAGCCAGCACAAUGAGGUGUAGCGCAGCUACCAAUACUGUCAUGCCACCGAUGUCCUGUUCGUAAUGUAGGGUGGAUUUACACUGCAGGGCAAAAUUCACAGUUAGUGCGUGUGUGUCAACUGUCUAUUUACAUCUACUGUCAAUGACACAUAUCUGAUAUUACCGUGCUUAAGUGUCGGAUGCUUUCACAUCUGUACUUUAGUUCCUCUGGUCUGAAUCACAAGUUGAGUUAACUUGGUCAGUUUUUCACUCGCUUUGGUUUUUGUUCACGACAUAAAAAUUAAAUGAUGACUCCUAAAGGUAUUGGUAUUGGCUUAGUCUCAACUCCUCAAAGUAGUCAUCUGGACUAUUCUUCAUCUUAACUUGGUCUUGACUCAUCAGUCUCUUUCGAUUGCGCAAAGACUUAUGCUCGACAAUCUAAAUUUGCCAAAGACUUCAUUUAGUCUGGACUGUUCCAAGUCUUGAGUUGGUCUCGAUACCUUAUAGUCUUGGUCUUGAUUUGGUCUAGACUUCUCACUGUCUUGAUUUGGUCUUGAAUCUUCAAAGAGUUUGGUCUUGACUCAUCAAUGUCUUGGUCUUGAUUUGGUCUCAACUUCUCAAAGGCUUGACUUGGUCUUGACUCCUCAAAAUCUGGGUCUUGACUUGGUAUCACAUUGCCUUGUCUUGGUCUUUAGGACAACUUUUCAAGCCAUGGCCUUGAUUUGGUCUUACAUUACUUGGUUUUGACUUGCUCCUUAAAUCCUCUAAAUUUUAAUUUGCUCCCAAUUCCUCAAAUUAUUGGUCUUAACUUUGUCUCAACUCGUCAGUCUUGAUUUGGUCUAAAUUCCUCAAGUCUUGUCAAUGUUUUGUUUCCUCAAACUCUUGUUCUUAAUUUGGUUUUACUUAAUCUCAACUCCUAAAAGUCUUGGUCUAGACUUGUCAAAUACUUGAUUUGGUCUUGACUCCUCAAUGUCUUGAUCUUGACUUGUCCUCACAUUGCCUUGUCUUGGUCUUGAUUUAGUCUUACUGUAGUCUUGAGGUCUGAAACUCUUGAGUUUGACUUGGUCUUGAUUUGCCAACGAUUCCUCAAGGUCCUGGUCAUAACUUAGUCUUAUCUUGUCAAAGUUUUGUCUUGAAAGCUCAUGUCUUGACUUGCAAUUAAUUUGUCAAAAGUGUUGAUUCGGGCUAAAUUUCUCAAGUCUUGCCUUGAUUUCCUUUCGUCAAAAUCUUGUUCUUGACUUAGUCUUACUUGAUCUUGACACCUAAAAGUUUUCGUCUUGACUUGGUCUAGACUUGUCGAAAACUCAACUUGCUCUUAACUUAGUCUUAGCUUGUCAAAGUUUUGUCUUGUUAGCUCAGGUCUUGACUUGGAAAUAAUUUGUCAAAGUCUUGAUUCGAGCUAAAUUCCUCAGGUCUUGCCUUGGUUUCGUUUCCUCAAAAUCUUGGCCUUGAUUUAGUCUUACUUGAUCUUGACUACCUAAAAGUUUUGGUCUUGACUUGGUCUAGAUUUGUCGAAGACUUCACUUGGUCUCAACUCCUCAAAGUGUUGGUCUUGACUUGGUCUCACAUUACCUUGGUAUUGGUCUUGACUUGGUCGCAAUUUCUUUAAGCCUUGAUUAGGUCUCAAUUUGUCUCCGUUUGCUUUCAUAUAUCAGUCCAUCCCAUUGGCAGAUAUCCCAUUCACAUCCAAGUUGUAACCACAUAUGAACAAUUUCUGAUUCAGAUUUUGAGGAUAUGUGUUUUUCUCCUUCGAAUUUGAUCACAGUGUAAAUCCAGUCUUCAUCAACUGCAUAUCACACAAUAAAUGACUUAUUGAACAUCAAAAACAACGAUCACCUUCUCUUACACCUCUAUCAGCGCUAAUUCAAAUAUUCGUGUAAUUUAAAAUGUAGCUUUUUUUCCCCCUCUUGUCCAAGUCUAGUCUGUGUCAUGGUCAUGGUUUAACAGUGCACCAAUAAGACAAAGCCUGAACAUGUCACAUUUUAAAUGAAAACCACUUAGGUAGACCCCAUACCAGGAAGAUUAAUGCUUUUUAAAAUAUAGAAUUGGUAAAAUUCCUCAUAAAAUGACCACACAAAACACACAACUGAACUAAAACUUUAGCUAGCUAGGCAUAAUAGCCCUGAUUGGUUUUCCUGGACAUGUAGGUUUUGUAAGGUCGCUUGAUUUUAGCUUGAUUUCAUGGGGCAAAAUGAUUUACAGGCCCAGUGGCAAUGUUUCGCGGGCAGCAAUGAGGGCAGAGGGCUCCACUACUACAACAUAUAACAGAGAAUGGACAGGGAGAUGAGGCAGGAACAGAACAAAGUCAGUGAGGAAAUGAAUGCAAAAACAGCAUUAUAAGGGUUUAUUAUGAGACAAAUUCAUCUAUACACAUAUAUUUUCAGUGUAAUCAUUACUCUGUAUUAAAUAUGAAAUACAUAUUUGAAGAAAAUAUAAUGUAGUUUUCCUAACAUGUUACCCAUCCAUCCAUCCAUCCAUUUUCUGAGCCGCUUCUCCUCACUAGGGUCGCGGGCGUGCUGGAGCCUAUCCCAGCUGUCAUCGGGCAGGAGGCGGGGUACACCCUGAACUGGUUGCCAGCCAAUCGCAGUGUUACCCCUAAUGCAGAAUUGACACUGUAUGUAAGCAUUUGGGGAGAUUUAUUGGAGUUUUUGGUUUGAUUGUUGUACAGCUUUGAGCUGAAUGAUUGUACUCUGUUACCAUUUUAUGGUAAAAACCAACUUCAUCACCCUUUGCCUCGUUGCUAAUCUGGGUUACGGUUAGUGAUCAAUGGAUUAUAAAAACAAACAAACAAAAAAACAAAAAAAAUAAAAAGCGCUUCAAAUUAUAUAAAUUCACUUCUGAGUCAAACAAUGAGGUGUUUAACUCAAUUUACAUAGAGGACAUUUAUGCUUAUGAUGCUUACACCCGAUGUACAGUAGUUAACGACUAAUGUUUGAUAUUUUAACUGUCAUGGUGUUGUUUUUUGGUUUUGUAUUUUUGGUGAUUGUAAAUAGCUGAAAUUUAAAAACAUGUCAAUAAAUAAAAAUAGUUGAUUAUUUCCUCUGUGGCUCGUCAUG